AUGUCAUCAAAAGAAUUAACACCGUUAUCAGGCGAACAAGGAACUCCAAGUGGUAGUAUAACAAAUGGGGCUUCAAGUACAUCAUCUGCGCCAACUAUUGUACAAAUAUCACGACCAUUUUUCACACAUAAAGAAAUCUCAUAUUUACACAAGCAAACAAUACCAGAGAAUCUUAAACCUCAUUAUACUACUAUUAAACAUAAAGUAUUUCAAUAUUUAUUUCAAGCUAUCAAACAGUUGAAAUUUCCUAUACGAGUGUUAUCUACAACGAUGAAUUAUUAUCAACGAUAUUAUUUAUUCAAUGUAUUUGAAGCCAAUCCUGGUCCAUAUGAUCUAACUGAAGAUCCUUAUACAAUUGCCAUUUCAUGUUUACUUUUAGCUACUAAAGUAGAAGAUUGUAUUAAAAGAUUAAAAGAUAUUCAAAGUGUUUGUAAUAAGAUUAGAGAUAUUGAUGAAAAUAAAAUUGUUGAUUCAAAUGGAAAUAGUUUUGUUGAUUUACAAAGAAAAUUUAUAUUAUCUAUUGAAUUUAAACUUUUGCAAGUUAUAAAAUUUGAUUUUCAUAAUGGCCCAAUUACUAUUAGAUCUAAUGUUGAUAAUUUAUUAAUUCAAUUUUGUAAAAAUUUAAAAAUUGGUUAUAAAUUAUCAAUGUUAUCAUGGUUGAUAAGUUUUGAUAUUAUUUCAACUCCAUUAAGUUUAGUCAUACCUCCACAUUGUAUUGCGUUAUCAAUUAUAAUAAUUAGUUUAAAUUUGAAUCCCAAAGAUAUGAAAUUGACUCAUCAAGAAGAACAAGAAAUAAGCGAAGAAGAAGAGAAUAAAAAAGUUGAAGAAAUUUUGAAAUCUAUCGAUUGUGAUGAAUUAAAUUGUCCUGAAGUAUUAGUAAAUGAAGCUAUUUUAUAUAUAUUGGAUUAUUAUAUUCACCAAUAUCAAUUCUCGAUAUUGAAUGCUUAUCUACCAGUGACAGACCCAGAAUCAGGUAAAGAACAAGUUUAUAAGUUUAUGGAUUUGAAGUCACGAUUCAAUGAUGUUAAAAUAAUGGAUGAAAGUAGUUGUUCAACUCAAUUAAAUGAAACAGAUGAUUAUUUGGCCAAAUGGGAUUAUUCAAUUGGGGCAAAAGGUUCAUCAAGAUUUAUGUUGAGUAACAAGAGAAGAAGAUUCAAUCCAGAAUUAAUAGAACAUAAGAAACAACAACAACAGCAGCAACAACAACAACAACAAAAUGGAAAUUCAAGAUAG